GUACUCAUUUUUUGUUGUUGUUUACUUAAGCUCUGAAAACUGUAUGACAGCAAGAACAGCGACAGGCAAUGAUGACAUUGACCCUUAUGCAAAUGACCUUGCAGGUCAAGUUUACAAUCCUGACACCCAAUGUGAGAUGAUGCAAGGAAAAGGAUCGUUUUUGUACAGGAACAAAUACAAGAGUGAUUUUUCAACAAUAUGUAGCACAUUGUUUUGCGCUAUACCAAAAUUACAAGGUUAUACCCAUACCAAAAUUCCAUGGUAUGGUACCACAUGUGGAAAUGGCAAGAUGUGUCAAUUAGGGCAUUGCGUCGAAUCUCCCCUAGCACCUCCAGUCGAUGAUGAAGCGUGUCCAUUUGGAGAUACCCCUUACAUUGUCCCGCACAAAAGAUCUGGUUGUUCCGAUCUUCUUGGAUCUCCUGCAACAACUUUCAAUUGUUACCAUGAACAAAUCAGGAAAGACUGCUGUGCUACUUGUGAAGCUAUAAAGAAAACUAACAGGGCGUAUGUAGAUUGUGACUAUGGAGAUAAACAGUCAUUUUGUGUAGGAAUGACAUUACAACUGUGUCGAAUUAACUUUGAAACUUGCUGUAAAACAUGCCAAGAUAUACGAUUAGAUAUUCCAGGUUGUCCUUGGGGUGAUGAAUAUACUGACUGUACUCAGAGUCAUUGCACCAAUGAUUAUUCGAAAUGUUGCAAAACCUGUGCCGCUUUAACGACAGCGGCAGACUCUCCUUCAGCAACGGGAACUUUUAAACCUACAGCAAAUACUGCUGAUACUAUUACAACGAACACUGAUCCUGACGCAGCAAUUUCUACAACAAAUACUACCACCUCCGCUAAAUCUAACCGAAUGCAAAUUAGCCCCCGCGUUAUUAUUCUGUUUGUUUUUAUAUCAAUUUUAUUCAGGCAUUAUGUCGAUAUGUUCAUAUAUUUUUUUUAAUUGUACUGGGGUAAAAAUCAUGCAUUAAGUUAAACCAUCGGGACCUUUUUCGCUGAAAGUUUCGCUGUGCAACAUGCCGAUACUUUACUUAAUUUCAUUUUUCAUUGUUACUUCAUUUUCAGUCGUCAUGCAACGUUUAAUACAGAUCUAUCCAAGAAAGGAACAUGGACAUAAUUCGAUUAAAUACAGUAAACUGGGCAACUUAAUACAUCGUACAACUUUAUCAGUUUUCAAUCUUAAUGAAAUCAAAUCGGGCCUUUAUAUAAAAGUCGUUUGCACUGUUGUCAAUGAUCUGAAGGGGUCCAUGUGAAGGGCGAUGCUAGAUAGAUUUUAUAUAAUUACAUAACACAUUCAGUAAUAACUAUAGCAAAUCUGUCAGUCAUUUGAUAAAAAUGGAAAUGUAAGUUGGCAACAAGAUAGCUAUAUUUUGAAAGUGCAUGUCGUUUCAUAAUCUCUGGAUUGUUGUCAUUGUUGUUAUACAGAAAAGCCCAUGGUUGAAAUGAACUUUAAUAGAUUAAAUGGUUAUCUUUACAAAAUAAAUACAAACAUUUUUUAAAAGUUAUUAGUUAUCAUUCAAACCAUAUUUUCACCAUUUUCAGUUUACCCCUUAAAGGGUAUAAAGCUAUAUUUCAUGAACUAUUUUUAAAACAUUUAUCAAAAUUUAAAUAAUAUUAUAUACAUAUUUUUCACAAUCUUGUGGUCGAUUCUUGACAGAGUUUUUAACAUAGAAUGUCCCUGUAAUUGGAUACUCCUGAAUACUAAACGUAAACAGAAUAAAAUAUUGCAGGACAAACUAUGUAAAGUUAAAUCAAUUAAGCAGUGAUUUCAUAAUUCGUCAUUUGCUUUUAAAGAAAUUUACUAACAUAUUGAUUUCACAUAAGCAUUUCAUAUAAGCAUUUCGGAAGUUUUUCUUUUUCAUUCAAACAGCAACUUUUGCAGCAGAUCUAAACAUUGCUUUAUACACUUUAAUUAUCAUUGUGAUUUGUGAAUCUCUUUUUGUUUUAAAUCAUAAAUGAAAAAAACAGGGUUAAAAUUGUCAAACGUAUUGACAGUAACGUUGUGCUAAUAAAAUGAAAAAAGGAAAUAAUAGUUGAAAAGAGACUAUAGAAAACAUAUUAUUUCUGUUGUAAAUUUGCAAUUAAAGGUGAAAAUAAACGAGUUUCUGAAUGAAAA